AUGGUUCUUGGAGCUUUUUUGACAGAAAUUGUGGUAGCAUUUUGUCUUGCUGCCACUUUAUUAUAUAAAUAUGGGAAUAUUUUUCGACAUCAUAUUAUUGUUACAAUUUCUGUGCUCAUUGCAUGGUACUUUUCAUUGCUGAUAAUAUUUAUCUUACCCUUAGAUGUUUCCUCUACUGUUUACAGACAAUGUGUUGAACAAAAUAUUCAUAAUAGCACAAAAAUAAAUUCCGAUAGUACAACAACUGUUCCAUUUCAUAUUUGUAAGGAACCUUGGCCUAAUGUACCAGAACAUAUAUUUCCCAAUUUAUGGAGAAUUGUAUAUUGGACUUCACAGUGUUUAACUUGGUUGAUAUUGCCACUUAUGCAGUCUUACAUAAAAGCAGGAGAUUUUACUGUUCAAGGGAAAUUAAAAUCUGCUUUGAUAGAUAAUGCUAUAUAUUAUGGGAGUUAUUUGUUCAUAUGUGGUAUCCUUUUAAUAUAUAUAGCACUAAAACCUGGUUUUGAUCUUGAUGGUCAAAAAUUGAAAGCUAUAGCAUCAUCUGCGUCAAAUACAUGGGGUUUGUUUUUAUUGGUAUUACUUCUCGGAUAUGCACUUGUAGAAGUUCCUCGUGGAUUAUGGAAUGCUAGUAAACCUGGAUACACUUUAAAUUAUAGUUAUUUUAAGGUUGCUAAAUUAAGUUUAGAUAAAUGUGAAGCAGAAGAAACAGUAGAUGAUAUACUUGAGUCUCUACAAGCUGCUACAGUAUCUAUUGGGCCAGGGCAUCCUUUUCAUUGUAAUUUAGAAACAAUUUUCCAAAAGAUUCCUGCAGAAUUAAAAGAUAGGAUGAACAGAAGACAAUUACCAGAUGAUACACCAACAGAUACACCAUCUGAAAAAGCUUUAAUUCGUCUACAUAGACAAACUAUAAAAGCAUUGCAAACUUUACAACGUAUAGAAACUCAAUGGGGAAUUUUGGUUGAUAAAAUAAUUAAUUUGGAAGAUAUAGCAAAGAAUCAAAUAAGUGAUGAUAAAAGGUUUAAAUCAACUUUUCCCACACAUCGUUCAUUUCCAUUUCGUAUUGUUUACAACCCAGUUAUUGAGUGGUAUUGGAAAUGUGUCAUAAAGAGUUAUGUACAAAAAGUUGUAGCUAUUUGUACAGGUUGUCUUUCAAUAGCUGUAGUAUGGUCAGAAGUAACAUUUUUUAAUAAAUCUCCUGUGUUAUCAUUAUUUGCCCAAUUUUUGAAUCUAGCUAAGGAAAAUUAUGAUUAUUUUACAAUAGAGGUAUUAUCAAUGCUGAUAAUUGCAUACCUUUGUUACUGUGCUUAUUCAACUGUUUUAAAAAUUCGAGUAUUGAAUUUAUAUUACUUGGCACCACAUCAUCAAACUAAUGAAUAUAGUUUAAUAUUUAGUGGCAUGAUGUUAUGUCGUCUUACACCACCUAUGUGUUUGAACUUUCUGGGUCUUAUACACAUGGAUUCACAUAUUAUUAAAACUCAUAUUCUAGAAACCCAUUAUACUCAGGUAAUGGGACACAUGGAUGUUAUUUCUAUAAUAUCUGAUGGAUUUAACGUGUAUUUUCCGAUGGCGAUUCUAGCAUUUUGUUUAGCAACGUAUUUUAGUUUAGGGAGUAGAUUGCUUUCUAUGUUAGGUUUCCAACAAUUUCUUGAUGAUGAUGAGUUUACAACAGAUCUUGUUGAAGAAGGUCAGGAGUUAAUAAAGCGAGAAAGACGCAAACGACAAAGAGCAGAAGAUUCAAUGUGUAGAAGACGCGAGUUUCAAGAAAGAUUUAGUGGUGCUACCAGUUCGUCUCGUUAUAGAACAUCACGACAAAGCACCGACACAGUCCGGCCUUUGAAACGAGAUGAGUCAGUAGAAUCUGCAAGAGCUGGACUAUUGCGUGAUUUUGAUCCUGCAGAAUACUAUAUUGGUAUGGCAUCCGGGGUUAAUAGUUAUGGUGCAAAUAAUAGUUAUGAUAGAGACUAUCAAACUGAUGAUUUUUAUGAAGAACGUGUGGACAAUGCAAGAGCAUUUAUUACAAAUACAAAUCGCGUAGGACCUCCACCGAGAGGAUUGUUCGAUGAUAUUUAAAUAGAAUUUGAUAGCGUCUAGGUUUUGCUCAGUAAUAAUUGUAGAAAAAGUACAUUUACAUUUAAAAAAAUACUCGAGCUAUUUACUCUUGAUAUAUAAUAGAGUUUUCGA